CUUUAUUUUAGCUCCUAUAUUCUUCCUUUGGGCUAACCCUCCAGUUGAUGUGAUUCUCCACUACACCUCCAAAAACCAAACAACCUUUACAAAAGAGAGAGAAAGAUCAAGAACCAUGGUUUUUUCUUCAAUUCCUGCUUAUCUUGAUCCAUCUAACUGGAAUCAGCAACACAAUCAUCAAAUAGCUGCAAGCACCAGCGCCAACCCUUUACAUUUACCGCCUCCGCCUCAGCCACAUGGAGGUGGCUCAAUCCGGCCCGGUUCGAUGGCGGAGCGAGCUCGGAUGGCCAACAUACCGAUGCCGGAAACAUCCCUGAAAUGCCCUCGCUGCGAAUCCACAAACACAAAAUUUUGCUACUUCAACAACUACAGCCUCUCUCAGCCGCGCCACUUCUGCAAGACCUGCCGCCGCUACUGGACCCGCGGCGGCGCCCUGCGCACCGUCCCUGUCGGCGGAGGCUGCCGGAGAAACAAACGCAGCAAGUCCUCCACCUCCAAAUCUCCAGCUACCAGCGACAAAAUGACCAAUAAUUUAGGGCUAACACCGUCUCUUCCACCUGUCCGCUGCAUGUCUCCUCUAGCACAGUUCACCGACAACUUCACCGCCGAUAUGAACUUGAAUUACAGCGGGAUAGCAGUCUCCGCAAGUUUUCACGGAAAUUUACUUGGCAUGGAGCAAUUCCCUUUCUUGGGCGGUCUUGAUGCAUCAUCAUCCCAAGGGUCGUACCAGUUUCAAGGCGGCCCGAAAUCGGCUAGCCCAAUGGUGCCGCCGGUGAAAAUGGAGGAAAAUCCAGAGCACAGCUUAAUAAAUGAGCAGUGGAAUGCCCCGCCAAUGGCUAACUGGACAGAUCUUUGCUCUUCUUCCACAAGCAAUCCAUUGUAGAAUUGAUCCACCUGCAAUACAAUUGGUAGGUUUCUUCGUUUCUAUUUAUCCAAAUGUGCAGCUUAAUAUAAAUAUGUAUGUGCUUGCUGCCUGAUAAUGUUUUAGACAAACUGAUGGAUCGAUCCAGAAUAUGUGAGAUUUCUUGUAGCUUUGUGUUAGUUGGAUUGGAGAUCUAAUGUCUUGUGUAACUAAAAUUUUAUGAAAUCUGAUCUAAUUUCAGGUUCAUAUAAUAUGACAAGUUUCAUAUUUGGACCCAACUUUUUCUUGUAAUGGAAGAGGAUAGGUUUAUAGCUUAAUUUUGGAGAAUUGGGUGACCUUGUUUUACCCAUGCAGAGUAUUUUAUAUUACUCCGCCUUAUAUUUCAUAUUGUUUCACAUUGGAAUUAUAAUAUAUGACCUCUUUUCAAUUCUUCA